GAAACCUUACGUCCGUUUGUCCGGACCGGAGGGGCAGUGGGCGCCAUCUUCUUCUAGGCUCACUGAGGGCUCUACGUGUUCUGGGGAGGCUGCUGCGACGAGGAGUACCCUCAGCCUCCGGCCUUGUGUGUCCGACUCGGCAGCAGUGGUGUGUGUUUAUUGCCAAGUGCGAAGCAGUUCCCCUCGGGGCGCCGGGGGUGGGGAGGGCUGGGCGACCAAGCCGGAAGACCCGGGAAAGGCGGGACCGGCGGCCGCGCCAGUAUCUAGCGUAGCUCCUGCCGUUAGGGCACCCUCUUUUCUUGCUAAAACACCGACUCUCCCUUUCCCGUCAGCUUCCAUGUGGUGGUGUAUGUGCGCUUCCCAGGGAUCUUAAGAGUGAAGAUCUCGAAGGAUUUCAUAGUUAAGUUGCUUUUACAGAAUUAACAGGUCUCCAAGAAAUUGUAAAAAAGGUCAUUAUUGCUGUGGUUUGAACUCAGCAUGGCUGUAGUCAUCCGUUUACUGGGGCUUCCUUUUAUUGCGGGGCCUGUGGAUAUUCGUCACUUCUUCACGGGAUUGACUAUUCCUGAUGGAGGAGUGCAUAUAAUUGGAGGGGAAAUUGGGGAGGCUUUUAUUAUUUUUGCAACAGAUGAAGAUGCAAGACGUGCCAUAAGUCGUUCAGGAGGGUUUAUCAAGGAUUCAUCUGUAGAGCUCUUUCUUAGUAGCAAGGCAGAAAUGCAGAAGACUAUAGAAAUGAAAAGAACUGAUCGUGUAGGAAGAGGGCGUCCAGGAUCUGGGACUUCAGGGGUUGGCAGCCUGUCUAAUUUUAUUGAGUCUGUUAAGGAAGAAGCAAGUAAUUCUGGAUAUGGCUCUUCAAUUAAUCAAGAUGCUGGGUUUCAUACUAAUGGUACAGGACAUGGUAAUUUAAGGCCAAGAAAGACAAGGCCAUUGAAGGCCGAGAAUCCUUUCUUGUUUCUACGAGGUUUGCCUUACCUAGUAAAUGAAGAUGAUGUACGUGUCUUUUUCUCUGGUUUGUGCGUGGAUGGAGUAAUUUUCUUAAAACAUCAUGAUGGCCGAAAUAAUGGUGAUGCCAUAGUAAAAUUUGCUUCAUGUGUUGAUGCUUCAGGAGGUCUUAAAUGUCAUAGAAGUUUUAUGGGUUCAAGAUUUAUAGAAGUAAUGCAAGGAUCAGAACAACAGUGGAUUGAGUUUGGUGGUAAUGCAGUUAAGGAGGGUGACGUUCUUAGGAGAUCUGAAGAACAUUCUCCACCAAGAGGAAUUAAUGAUAGACAUUUUCGAAAACGGUCUCAUUCAAAAUCUCCCAGAAGAACACGUUCUCGUUCCCCUCUUGGAUUUUAUGUUCACCUAAAAAAUCUGUCCCUCAGUAUUGAUGAAAGAGAUUUAAGAAAUUUCUUUAGAGGUACUGAUCUGACUGAUGAACAGAUUAGGUUUUUAUAUAAAGAUGAAAACAGAACAAGAUAUGCCUUUGUGAUGUUCAAGACUCUGAAAGACUAUAAUACUGCUCUGAGUUUACAUAAAACUGUUUUACAGUAUCGUCCAGUUCAUAUUGAUCCAAUUUCUAGAAAACAAAUGUUGAAGUUCAUUGCACGUUAUGAAAAGAAGAGAUCAGGGUCACUAGAGAGAGAUAGGCCUGGACAUGUUUCACAAAAAUACUCUCAAGAAGGUAACUCUGGCCAGAAGUUGUGCAUCUAUAUAAGAAAUUUUCCAUUUGAUGUUACAAAAGUUGAAGUGCAGAAGUUCUUUGCAGACUUUCUUCUUGCUGAGGAUGACAUUUACUUGCUUUAUGAUGACAAAGGUGUUGGUCUGGGAGAAGCAUUAGUGAAAUUUAAAUCAGAAGAACAGGCCAUGAAAGCUGAACGUUUAAACCGACGAAGAUUCUUAGGGACAGAGGUAUUAUUAAGACUUAUAUCUGAGGCACAAAUGCAGGAGUUUGGUGUAAAUUUUUCCUUGAUGUCCAGUGAAAAAAUGCAAGCUCGCUCAGAGUCACGUGAGCGAGGUGACCAUUCUCAUUUAUUUGACUCAAAAGACCCACCAAUAUACUCAGUUGGUGGCUUUGAAAACUUUAGACAUCAGCUAGAGGACUUGAGGCAACUGGAUAACUUCAAGCAUCCCCAGAGGGAUUUCCGGCAGCCUGACAGGCACCCUCCAGAAGACUUCCGACACUCCUCAGAGGACUUUAGGUUCCCCCCAGAGGACUUCAGGCACUCCCCAGAGGACUUCAGGCGACCUCGGGAGGAAGACUUCAGGCGGCCUUCUGAGGAGGACUUCAGGCGUCCUUGGGAGGAAGAUUUCAGGCGCCCUCCGGAGGAUGACUUCAGGCACCCUAGGGAGGAGGACUGGAGGCGGCCCCUUGAGGAGGAUUGGAGGCGGCCGCCGGAGGAGGAUUUCAGGCGGUCUCCCACGGAGGACUUCAGGCAGCUUCCCGAGGAGGACUUCAGGCAACCCCCUGAGGAGGACUUCAGGUGGCUCCCAGAGGAAGAUUUCAGGCAGCCACCUGAGGAGGACUGGAGACGGCCUCCAGAGGAGGACUUUAGGCGGCCUCUUCAGGGAGAAUGGAGGCGACCACCCGAGGAUGACUUCAGGCGGCCCCCAGAGGAGGAUUUCAGGCAUUCCCCUGAGGAGGACUUCAGGCAGUCACCCCAGGAGCAUUUCCGGAGGCCACCUCAGGAGCAUUUCCGUCGGCCACCCGCAGAGCAUUUCCGGAGACCACCUCCAGAGCAUUUUAGGCGGCCUCCCCCAGAGCACUUCCGGCGGCCACCCCCAGAGCAUUUCAGGCGCCCACCCCCAGAACAUUUCAGGCGCCCACCCCCAGAGCACUUCCGGAGACCGCCCCAGGAGCAUUUCAGGCGGCUGCCUCAGGAGCAUUUCAGGCGCUCCCGAGAGGAAGAUUUCAGGCACCCACCAGAUGAAGACUUCAGGGGCCCUCCUGAUGAAGACUUUAGGCACCCUCCUGAUGAGGACUUCAGGAGCCCCCAGGAGGAAGAUUUUAGAUGCCCUUCUGAUGAGGACUUCAGGCAGCUCCCAGAGGAAGACCUUAGGGAAGCUCCGGAGGAGGACCCUAGACUUUCUGACAAUUUUAGACCUCCUGGUGAGGAUUUUAGGAGCCCGCCUGAUGAUUUUAGAAGUCACCGCCCUUUUGUGAAUUUUGGUCGUCCAGAAGGUGGCAAGUUUGAUUUUGGAAAGCAUAAUAUGGGAAGUUUUCCUGAGGGGAGAUUUAUGCCUGAUCCAAAGAUAAACUGUGGUUCAGGUAGAGUAACUCCUAUUAAGAUAAUGAAUCUUCCAUUUAAAGCUAAUGUUAAUGAAAUUUUAGACUUUUUCCAUGGUUACAGAAUCAUACCUGAUUCAGUUUCAAUACAGUAUAAUGAGCAAGGCUUACCUACAGGGGAAGCCAUUGUUGCUAUGAUAAACUAUAACGAAGCUAUGGCUGCUAUUAAAGAUCUAAACGAUAGGCCAGUUGGGCCCCGAAAAGUUAAGUUAACUUUGCUGUAGAGAGAGAGCAUUUCUAAAUUCAGUUAUCUUCCUUGCAGUAUUGAUGGAGUAAAAUACAUUUGUUUUAAAAAGUGUGUGUUUUUUUUUUUUAAAUUAUCUAAUGAAGUAUUUUAUUUUUGACCUGUGAAUAGAACAAAUGUAAAUAGUAGAAUGUGAAUCUGGUUUUCUUUUGCUUGCAAAUUGCCAUUUUUUUUCUAAUUUAAAAUUACAUAUGCUGUUUUUUCCUUUGAUGGUGAGAAAGAACUAAUUCCCUGAGUUCAUUCAUUUUUGUUGAUGUCAUGGGUAAGCUUCAAGACUUAUUGAAGUAGAGUUGUAUUUGGGGAAGAUACAUUUUAUAUUCACUUUUUUUUCCCCAUUCUGUAGUCUACAUCGUUUACUCAAACUGUAUAAGGAAAUAGUGACUGUUCAGGUUUGGCAUUUUCAUUGCUACUUGCCUGCAGAAUUAAUGCCCUCUUCCUUGUCUGAGAUAUUACUGUGUUAAGUGUCCUGUUAAUUAUAAAUAGUUUAAAAUGGACAGACUGUCAACUUGAAAUUUACUUAUGUAAAAAGCUUAGGUGAUUCUUAGGGUUUCCAUGUUCAUAACUUUACAAAGUUUUAUAACAAUAAAAUUGCAACUUAAUAGAACAACUAAUUAACUUGUAUUUGUAUAAAAAGAAAAAAGAAUUGCAGCUUGAUACUGUGAAGUUUUUCAGUAACUUCAUUAAACCAUAUUUAUGAUGGGAGGGACCAGACAUUCUAUAGUAAUAAUGUAUAGUGCUGUGUAUAAUUCCAUGGUUUCUUCAACAUCUUAUCAACCAAAUACGAUUAAUACAACAUACGCAAAAGACAGUAAAAUAAGAAUCUAAUUAUAGGUGCAAGAGGACUCAGGCUUAUGCUGGGAAGAAUCUGACAAAUGGUAUAGUUUUCCUAGGAAGAAUUUACUGAUGAGUCACAUAACUUGCAUGUAAUAUUAGGUUCUCAUUUUUUAGGUUCAAAACUUUGUGUCCAUGCAAAGACUCCAUAACUGUUAAGACUUGUGUGGUUGAAUUUUGACUUCUUUGAUAUUCAGCAUUUAGUGCAUACAUUUUGCAAAUAGGGAAUUUGAUUUUCUGUACCCAUAAUAUUAUUUAUGGCUAACAUUUAUUAGGCACUUACUAUGUGCUAGGCACUGUAAGCACUUUACAUGCAUAAUCUCAGUAUUCCCUAUGAGUACAGGGUUAAUUAUUUACCUCUAUUUCACAAAUGAGAUAAUGAAGUGGGAGGUUAAGCAACUUGCUUGAAGUCACAGGUAAUAAAUCAUGGGGCCAGUUUUAACCCAGACAGACCACUGACUCCAGUUCAUGCUUUUACUGCCUCACUUUUUUAAGUGGUAUUUUUAAUUAGGAAGACCAUGCUAAAGAUACUUUCAAGGAUAAGUGAUAUAUUUUCUCACUUCAGUUGUUGGUUUAAAAUUAGCAUAAAAAGGUAAAACCAGCAUGCCCAAACAUUGAGCUCAAACAUUGACAUUAAUAAAACCCGAGUGACUUUAAAAGUUUCUUUCUAUCCAGGGUUUCUCUUGGGAUACGCACAUUGUAUAUUACUGGCUUAUAUUUCACAAUUGCUCAUUUUAUUCAACAUGAUUGACUCUGGUUGGCCUUUUAUAAUUUUCAUGAAACAUAAUUUUCCUCAGUUCUGUAAUCCGGAUUUUCCCCAUUGAGUAAAUAAGAAUACAAUUGAAUUUGCAUAGGGUAAUUUAGACAUUUAAUAGGAUAUUGCAUAGGUAGAAUACUUUGUCAGUACUUAGUUACUACCUAUAUGUAUUUUUGUGUUACUUUUCAGUGAUUUAAAUCUAACAAAUCUGCUUAAAUUUGUUUUAAAUAGUGAAUAUCCUGCUCACUAUGGAAUGAAUAAACAGGUAAAUUUGAUA